AUGGCGCCCCAAACACCAGCCGUUGUCAUGGACAACGGUACUGGUUACUCCAAGCUUGGAUUCGCCGGUAACGACUCCCCCUCAUUCGUCUUUCCCACUGCAAUUGCGACUAAAGCCGGUGCUGGGAGCGCUGGGAGCUCCGCGGGUGCCCGGCCGUCAGUUGCGAACAAACCGUCGUUCCUGGCCAGUGGAGGUGGGGCCAGCUCCCACCUGUCCGCGAAGCGUGGCACGGAGGACCUGGAUUUCUUUAUUGGCGAUGAGGCCCUGGCAGCGGGCAGUGGUCCGGGCUAUGGUGUCAACUAUCCGAUUCGGCAUGGACAGAUCGAGAACUGGGAUUACAUGGAGCGUUUCUGGUCCAACUCGAUCUUCAAGUACCUGCGCGUGGAGCCCGAGGACCACUACUUUUUACUCACCGAACCUCCGCUGAACCCACCCGAGAACCGUGAAAAUACCGCCGAGAUCAUGUUCGAGUCGUUCAACUGUGCCGGUCUAUACAUUGCCGUGCAGGCUGUGCUUGCCCUUGCUGCAUCAUGGACAUCCUCCAAGGUGACCGACCGAUCGCUGACAGGAACGGUGAUUGACUCGGGUGACGGUGUUACCCAUGUCAUCCCCGUAGCCGAGGGCUACGUCAUCGGGUCCUCCAUCAAGAGUAUACCGAUUGCUGGGCGAGAUAUCACGUAUUUCGUGCAGAGCUUGCUGCGUGACCGCGGCGAGCCAGACAGCAGCUUGAAAACGGCAGAGAAGGUCAAGGAAGAAUACUGCUACGUGAGCCCGGAUAUUGUCAAGGAAUUCGCGCGCUACGACCGUGAACCCGACCGCUUCCUGAACCACACCGUGACUUCGCCGAACGGGCGAAGCGUCACCGUUGAUAUUGGAUACGAACGCUUCCUCGCCCCGGAGAUCUUCUUCAACCCCGAAAUUUACUCGUCCGACUUCCUGACCCCGCUGCCCAACGUCGUCGACGGCGUCAUUCAAUCCUCGCCCAUUGACGUUCGAAGAGGUCUGUACAAGAACAUUGUCUUGUCCGGUGGCUCCACUCUCUACAAGGACUUUGGCCGUCGUCUACAGCGUGAUAUCCGCCACCUGGUGGAUGCCCGUAUUCGCGCGUCGGAGGCUCGCAGCGGUGGCGCCCGAAGCGGCGGUCUCGACGUCGCCGUCGUCACGCACAAGCGCCAGCGACACGGUCCCUGGUUCGGAGGUAGUUUGCUGGGUCAGACGCCCGAGUUCCGGAGCUACUGCCACACCAAGGCGGAGUACGAUGAGAUUGGCCCCAGCAUUGUGCGCCGGUUUGCGCUGCUCGGUGGGCCGGGGAGCUCGUAA